UGCACAGGGUUCUUUCAACUCUACCCGUCAACUCUGUGACAAAUUAGGCAUAGAAGAGAUGUCUCCAACAGCGGAAACCUAUGCGGAUUACUAUAGCGAUGUUGCGAUACCCCAGCCCUGUAACAAUGCCAACGUGAGGGACUUCAGCAGUGUUUUCAUCCCCACGAUCUACAGCAUUGUCUUCAUCGUGGGCUCCGUGGGCAAUGGCCUGGUGGUGUGCGUCCUGGCAAAGUACCACAAGAGGUCCAACAUGACGGACGUGUGCCUCUUCAACCUGGCCUUGGCCGACCUGCUCUUCCUCGCAUCCCUGCCCUUCUGGGCCCACUACGCGGCCAUCGCCGAGUGGACAUUCGGCAGCUUCAUGUGCUCGGCCGUCACGGGCUUCUUCCAGCUUGGGUUCUACGGCAGCAUCUUCUUCAUGAUCCUCAUGACGGUGGACCGCUAUUCCGUCAUCGUGCACGCCCACACCCCCUUCCUGACCAAGCACCGCUCGGUGAACACAGGCGUGAGCUUGGCCGUGGUCUGCUGGGUGAUCAGCCUGGGGGCAUCGAUGCCCAGCAUCAUCUUCUCGCAAGUGAAGAACGAGUCGAGCGGGCAGACAUGCAAGGAGGAGUACCCAGAGGGCACCUACUGGAGGUUCUUCGGCUACCUGCAGCUCAACAUCCUGGGCCUGAUCCUGCCCCUCUCUGUCAUGGUGUUCUGCUACUCACGCAUCAUCCCCACCCUGAUCACUAUGAGGUCCCAGAAGAAGCACAAAGCCAUAAAACUGAUCCUGGCCCUGAUCCUGGUCUUCUUCUGCUUCUGGACGCCCUACAACGUGAUCAUUUUCAUGCAGUUCCUGCACCACGUUGGCUACAUGGCCAGCUGCGAGUGGCAGCAGACCUUGAGCAUGUCCAUGCAGUGGGUGGAAACACUGGGCUUCUGCCACUGCUGCCUAAACCCCAUCAUCUAUGCCUUUGUGGGGCAGAAGUUCAGGACUUUAGUGGUUAAGAUGCUGAAACAGUGGUUCCCCCUCUGCUUCAGCAAGUGCAGGACCCUCGCCAGUGAACUGUCAGAGAGGAGGAGCUCCACGUACUCCCGCUCCUCGGAAAUGUCCACCACAAAAAUCGUCUAGCUCUCAUGGCAGCGGGUCACGCCAUGCUCUCUGGGGGUGGGAGGCGUGUCUGCAGGUGGGCAGGGGGUGGAUAUGCACCCCACUGCUCACUGAAAGGAAAUCAUAACUUCAAACUUUACUCGACAGAGCUUGAUAUCUUACUGCUUGAUAUGGAUAUACAGGUGACUGCCCAAUUUCAUCCUUUUUGUUUUGGAAUCAUUGAUUACCUGGAGCUAAUCUAUUUUAAAUGCUGUUUGCACUCAGUUCUCUUUUUCACACUUCUCUGCAUGGUGGGUGUCAUCUGUGUUGUCUGAUGAAUGUAACAGUAGAAUGUAAGCCAUUAAAUCUUAUUUAGAUUCAUUUUUGUUUUAUUUAGAAAGAUCUGGAGAGAAAUGUUAAUCUUGCGUGUUUUGGCAGCUAAGUUGUAUUGUGUUUACAAUGUAGAAAUUAAUGUCAAGGAAUGUCAGUACAAGUCAAACUAUUAAUACCUUUACAUGUAGAGCAGUUAUCCAAAACAAAGCUUUGGAAGGAAUGUAAAAAUGUUGUAUGAUUUUGCUACAUUUUGUCUUUGCUACAUUUUGCUAACCAUGCAAUUGGAAUAAAGAAUUACCUUGUUAGAUGCAAAACUGUUUAAAUACAUA